UCCGCGCGCCGUUCUCUCAGUGUGUGCUGGGCUCCUGGAAGUUCCGCGUGAUUUUGCGCAGGUGAUUCAGAGCGGCAUGGUGUAGUGGUCUGCCGAAGUGCAAGAAGUUGUCCUUGGAACCAGUGUACGUCGGCGGACCCCCGGGCCGCCGCGGAGGUACGUGAGGCAGCUACUGUGGAAGGCAGUCCGACUUUCUUCUGGCCUCCGUGUGGUUGGUGGCAUGGUCGAGCUCCGCUGGAGAUGCCUACACUUCGUUACUCGCCUCUCAGGGUCCCACCCGUUUAUUUUCGAUCCAAGUUUUCCUCUGCAGUGACACACUCUUUCCACUGCUAUCAGCGCCCGGAGGAAUCCGCACUCCUUCUAAGGCAGUGGACACAAUUCCAUCGAUACCUUCGUUUCCAAGAUUUAUUUUUUAAUAUUCCCUACAAAUUAUUGACUCUUGGGCAACAGUGCAACUAUAUGAAAUCAUGGCUGGUUAUAAGCCUGCAGCUAUUCAGACAUAUCCUAUUCUUGGCGAAAAAAUCACCCAAGAUACUCUGUAUUGGAACAACUAUAAGACCCCUGUUCAGAUUAAAGAAUUUGGUGCAGUGUCAAAAAUAGACUUUUCCCCUCAGCCUCCAUAUAACUAUGCAGUCACAGCUUCUUCACGAAUUCACAUUUAUGGCAGAUAUUCCCAAGAACCUAUCAAAACCUUUUCCCGGUUUAAAGACACAGCGUACUGUGCUACUUUUCGACAGGAUGGCAGAUUGCUUGUGGCUGGUAGUGAAGAUGGUGCAGUUCAGCUCUUUGAUAUAAGUGGGAGGGCUCCCCUCAGGCAAUUUGAAGGUCACACAAAAGCAGUUCAUACAGUAGAUUUUACAGCUGAUAAAUACCAUGUGGUCUCUGGGGCUGAUGAUUAUACCGUUAAAUUAUGGGAUAUACCAAACUCCAAAGAAAUUCUGACAUUCAAAGAACAUUCUGAUUAUGUGAGGUGUGGAUGUGCUAGCAAACUUAACCCAGAUCUCUUUGUAACAGGGUCAUAUGAUCAUACUGUGAAGAUGUUCGAUGCGCGAACAUGUAAGAGUGUUCUCUCUGUUGAGCAUGGGCAGCCGGUGGAGAGUGUUCUGCUUUUCCCCUCUGGAGGUCUCCUGGUGUCUGCAGGAGGUCGUUAUGUUAAAGUCUGGGAUAUGUUAAAAGGAGGACAAUUGCUUGUGUCUUUGAAAAAUCACCACAAAACUGUGACAUGUUUAUGUCUGAGCAGCUCUGGACAGAGGUUACUUUCUGGCUCACUGGAUAGGAAAGUGAAAGUAUAUAGCACAACUUCCUACAAAGUGGUCCACAGUUUUGAUUAUGCAGCUUCAAUUUUGAGUCUUGCACUUGCACAUGAAGAUGAGACGAUAGUGGUUGGAAUGACCAAUGGAAUCCUGAGUGUUAAACAUCGGAAAUCUGAAGCAAAGAAGGAGUCUCUUCCAAGGAGAAGGAGGCCUGCAUACCGAACCUUUAUUAAAGGAAAAAAUUACAUAAAGCAACGGGAUGACAUUUUGAUCAACAAGCCAACAAAGAAAUACCUAGAAUUGUAUGACAGGGAUCUGAAAAAUUUUAGGAUCUCUAAGGCACUUGAUAGAGUCCUUGAGCCUAGUUGUAUAAUAAAGACUCCUGAAGUCACAGUUUCCAUCAUAAAAGAGCUGAAUCGAAGAGGGGUCUUGGCAAAUGCACUUGCAGGACGGGAUGAGAAAGAAAUUAGUCGUGUUCUUAAUUUUUUGAUAAGGAAUCUGUCUCAGCCAAGAUUUGCACCUGUGUUGAUCAAUGCUGCUGAAAUAAUUAUCGAUAUAUAUCUGCCUGUGAUUGGUCAGUCACCUGUAGUGGAUAAAAAGUUUUUAGUACUUCAAGGACUUGUAGAAAAAGAGAUUGAUUACCAAAGAGAACUCCUGGAAACCUUGGGGAUGAUGGACAUGCUUUUUGCUACCAUGACAAGGAAAGAAAGCACUUCUGUGUUGGAACAUAGACCUGCUGAAUUUCUAGAGAAGAUGAUGGAAUCAUAAUACCUGCUCAAUAAGAUGAAAAAAAAACCCCUAGUUUAGAAUAAACUUGACUAUUAUUGAAAGGAAACUCUUGGAUCCAUUUUAAAAAGAUUGUCACAGAAGCAAUUUUAUAGAAGAGACUGGGCUAGCUCUGAUUGGAAGAUAACUACUUGUUUUAGGACAUGGCUUUCCAUGCAGUUGAAUUAUUGUGUGCCAUUUCAGGUGGAAGAUGUCAGUUACCUUGGUUCCAGUGUCUGCCCACCUUAGAUGAGCUGAUGUUGAUUUUAGUCCAGCACAGCUCUGUCAGCAGCCAGGUGUGCAUUCAGUUGGGGGUGCAGGUGUGGAGCCUCUGGAGAGGGUUCCAACUGGGCGUCCUGCCAAAGCAAACCCUGUUUGGGGUGUCACUUCAUUAUUUCUAGCAUAAAAAACAGCAAAAACAUGACAAGAAGAAGACUUUUUCAGUCAGUGCUCUUGGGAUUUCUAUGCUUCUGCUUUACUGGUCACCCUUCCUUGGUGGAGUUGCUGAUUUGACUGUGGGCUCUGCUUCAGCUAGUGUGGGGUCGUGUUCCAGGUGUGUGCUCAUCAGCUGCUCAGCUCCGAGUCGUGGUGAUGGACGAGUGUUUGGAGUAUAAGGCAGAUUGGAUGCCUGUGAGUUGUGCUCUCACUCCAGGUUUCCUUUCCCUUUUUUUAAUCUUGACUGUCUCUGUAUCAGCACAUGGGUUGCAGAUAGACCUUAUUGGGCCACUAUUUUCUCCUGGUUUGCAGAAUGCAGCCUUUUUACCUAGUUGUCCCAGUCCUUCAGGCCAGGGACUGAUAAGAUUUGUCGUUUCUCCUCUAAUGUGUACCUUUUCAGCCUAUUGCACGUAUGUUUGGAGCGCAUAGCCAUCUAACCAUCUGAGAAACUGUUUUCUCUGAGCCAUAUGUAGGUUUUUUUCCGUCUGUUCUUCACAAUUGUCUUGUUCAAAACCCCAAACAAGAGCAGCUUGCUGUGAAACAAAGUUGUUUUUUUUAGAAAGUUUAAUGUGAGUUAUAUUUUUUUAUAAAGGUUCUUAUUUUUACCUUGGCUUUCUGAGACGUGUCCAUUUCUGAUGGAUUGUCGCUGGCUGCCAACUCCUAGCACCCUGAUUCCACAGUUGCUUUUCCCCUCCCCCACCUCAUCUCAUCUCAGCGGUGUGCGCAGCACUGCAACCGUGCAUCUGAUAAUAACAUGUCCAGGAGAGUCUUAGAGGGAGAAGUUUAUAAUGGAAGUCUCCUCACCUAGUUUCAGUUCUAUAAAUUCAGAGUUUCUUGAGGCAGAAGGCAGUGAGAUACAUGUUCUGGUAAGGACGUGUGUCACAGAUGGGGGAGUUUCCCUCUAUGCGUUGUUAAGGUAAUCACGCAGUGCAGCAGCUUGUGAGAAAUGAGGAGUUGCUUCCCUCAGUAAUGAAAUUAGUCAGGUCAGAAGCUGUGUUUUGGGGUUGAGAAGAGUUAAUUGAUUUAAAAAUUUUUUAUUUAAGAACUUUUUUAAAGGAAUUAACUUUGUUAAAUAUGCUUAUAAUUUGUAUACUAGUAAAAAUGAGAAGUGAAAUUUUAGUUAAAACUGUGCCUGCUAUCAGUUGUGUAAUGUCCAAGCGUCUCCUGUAUUACAGUGGUCCCUUGAGUUAUGACCGGCCUGAACUCUGGACAGUUAUGACAGGAAUUUUAUGACCAGUCUUGAGUCAUGACCUGAAUGCCGGCCACCUGUGCUUCCAGAUGGUCUCAGAUACAGAGUUAAUCUUUAGAGAGUUCUGGAAGGAACAAGACAACAUCCUUUCCUGUGUGGGGUUCAUUGAGAAAUCCUGGGUCAGUGUCUGUAAGGACGGAGACGUUGAAGGCUGCGCAGAGGAGCCUGAGCCUCAACUGACAACCUGAGUUACAGCCACCCUCGGAAUGCAUUGAGUUCCUAAGUCACGGGUCCACUGUGUGUCACUUGACUCUCACAGACGUCUAAGUUUGGUAUAAUUCUUACUUAACAUUGAAGUAAUUAAAGCAGGUGACUCCCCCCUGGAACCUCCUAGCUGGAGUUCUUUUUCCAGCAUUAAUCUUGCCUCCUGGUGCCUAAACUACUCAUUUCUUUUAACAAAACCUCAUCAGGGUCUGCAGUUCUUAAAUGAAAUGGGUAGUGAUUACAAUUUUUUUUUUUAAAGAUUAGGAGACAGUUCCUAUAGACAGCAUCUUUUUAAAUUCUUAUUCCUUAAGACUGAUAUUUGAAGUAUCUUAAUAGAAUUGACAUAGCACAUGUGACACUGACCUUAAGAUUCUAAUUUGAAAUUCCUAAUAGAAUUUUAGACUUGUGAUUUUCAGCUAGAAAGUAUUUUAAAAUGUUACUGAAUGCAGAAAAUGUUUUGGAGAACCUAAAAGUCUAUACUUUUUAAUUUAUUAUGUUAAGAGUUAAGCACCUGGGAAGGUUUUUUUUAUUGUGUCAAGCAUUGAAAGUGCUGUUGAAUCAGAUUUUGUUACUGUAAAUGCUAUUAAAUUUAAAGGAAUUUGAAUUGUAAGUGAGACCAGUAGAAGAAAUUUAGUUUGGUCAACAUUUACAUUGAGUUUCACCAAACAUUAAUUAAAGGAUCCCUUGGAAGUGAUUAUUAAAAUGUAGUUUUUUUUCUAAAUGAAAUAUUUCUAAGUUAUACUUAAAAACUUAAGGUAAGUUUUAAAAUGUCUGACUUUAACAAUGAGUUAUAUCUUAUCUGUGAACCAGAUACCUCUUGAACACUGGAAGAUAUUCUUAGUAGAUGGAUGGCUGUACGCCUGUUCCCUGGGCCAUAGUUAACUAAACCAGACCAGGCGUGAUAUGCAUGACUCAGGUUUUCUCUAAACAGAGGUUUGUAAUUGGGAUUUAUAGUGGAAUUGUUUAUCAGGGAAAAUGAGGGAGAGGAUGAAAGCUACAUGCAAAGAAAAUCAACACAAAGAUCAUCCUGCCUCAGCAGAUUAGACUAAAGGAGACUGAAAGCAUUUUAAUUACAAUGACUGUUUCCCUAAUUCUGCCUGUACUCUACCCUUCAGGGGUCCAUGAAAUUCUUUAGAAUCCUUUAAUAAAUUGUUUUUGCUUAAA